GUUCUAACAAUGUCCGUGGCUUGCAUUAGCAUGGCCGCAAGUAUGGUGAAAGGUAGCGGCAAGAGGAAUAAGUCCGGUUCCCUGAACAGCACCACCGAGAGCUUCGAGUGCCAACAGUUUGUUGCUGCACUGCCGCCACCGGUUUCGUGCCUUUCGCCGGUAGGUGGCACUAUUGCGACCACUCACCAUCAAAUGGGCGGUUCCCGGUGCUACCAAUCGACGCUGCGAAGCUACAACAAAUGGUCGCCGACGGAGCAGGGCGCCACGCUGGUGUGGCGGGAUUUGUGCGUCUAUGCGACCGGAAAGUAUGGUGGAUCCGGAGGUCGAGGACCGAUCAAACGGAUCAUCAACAACGUGAGCGGUGCCGUAACUCCGGGGACGUUAAUAGCGCUGAUGGGGUCGAGUGGAGCGGGCAAAAGUACGCUCAUGUCGGCGCUAGCCUACCGAAUGCAGCCUGGAACCGUCGUGCAGGGGGACAUUCUGGUGAACGGUCAACCGAUUGGGCCGUACAUGUACCGAUUGAGUGGGUUCGUGCAUCAGGAUGAUCUUUUCGUGGGCUCGUUGACGGUGACGGAGCACAUGUACUUCAUGGCGAAGCUCAAGUUGGACCGAGGCGUGAGUAAGAGUAAGAUCGAUCGGUUGAUCGAGGAGCUACUGGAGCGAACCGGUUUGACCAAGUGUGCCAAUACGCGAAUCGGUGAGGUCGGCGAGGGGAAAAUGUUGUCCGGUGGCGAGAAGAAACGUUUGGCCUUCGCAACGGAACUGCUGACCAAACCGACGAUCUUGUUCUGUGACGAGCCGACUACCGGGCUGGACUCGUUCAGUGCUCAAAACCUUGUCUCAACGCUACAGCUACUGGCCAAGCGAGGAACUGCCAUCAUCUGCACCAUUCAUCAACCGUCGAGUCAACUGUUCUCCAUGUUCGAUCAGGUCAUGCUGAUGGCCGAUGGACGCGUGGCCUACGCCGGCAAGCCCAACGACGGUCUGAUAUUCUUCGAACAGCACGGAUACAGCUGCCCGUCGAACUACAAUCCGGCCGAAUUCCUGAUCGGUGUGCUCGCCACUGCUCCGGGCUACGAGAAGGCCUCGCAGCGUUCUGCUCAGCGGCUGUGCGACCUGUUCGCCGUCAGCGAAACUGCCGGACAGCGAGACGUCCUGAUCAACCUGGAAAUGCACAUAGCUGAAACGGGAGAUUUCAAGAUAACAGAAGAAUCGCACCUUUCCCGCAAACCACACUGGAUCCACACGACCUUCUGGUUGACCUACCGAGCUUUCCUCACCGUCGUACGGGAUCCAACCGUUCAAUACCUCAGACUGCUGCAGAAGAUUGCCAUCGCCCUCAUGGCGGGACUGUGCUUCUCCGGUGCUAUCACUCUCGAUCAACUCGGUGUUCAAGCGAUUCAGGGAAUCCUGUUCAUCUUCGUGUCGGAAAACACCUUCUCGCCGAUGUACUCCGUGCUGUCCGUCUUCCCGGAUACGUUCCCCCUGUUCAUGCGUGAAACCAAGUCCGGGCUGUACCGCACCUCCCAGUACUACGUAGCCAACGCGUUGGCGAUGCUCCCGGGAUUGAUCUUCGAGCCGCUGGUCUUCGUGAUCGUCGCGUACUGGCUGGCGGGACUUCGCCCCACUUUCGAAGCCUUCAUGGUCACCGUGAUCGCCUCCACGCUGGUCAUGAACGUAUCGACCGCCUGCGGAUGCUUCUUCUCGGCUGCCUUCAAUUCGCUUCCGCUGGCCAUGGCCUACCUGGUGCCGUUCGAUUACAUCCUCAUGAUCACCUCCGGCGUGUUUAUUCAGCUGAGUUCGAUGCCGAAAGUCAUCUCGUGGACGCCGUAUAUCUCCUGGAUGAUGUACGCCAACGAAGCGAUGUCCAUCGCGCAGUGGGAGGGAGUUAGCAAUAUCACUUGCUUCGUGGAUGACCCGAACCUGCCGUGCAUGAGAACCGGAACGGCGGUCCUGACGCACUACAGCUUCAACGAGGAGCACCUCUGGAGGAACAUCUGGGCCAUGGUGGUCAUCUACUUUGGGUUUCACAUCCUCGGGUGCGUGUUUCUGUGGCGCAAGACGAAGCAUGGCUAGAACGGAGAGA